ACAGGGAACCCUCUCUCCACCUCCGUCUGGGCAUGUCCACCGCGGAUGGGCCGUCCCACCAUUGCUCCUUUCCUCCCAAGUUAUUAUCCACCGCUGGCCGGCUACUGGGCUGCGUUCGGAAAGUUUGAAAGCGCUCUCGCCGAGUUGUUGGAUUUUAGAACGUUCUUUUUACACAGCCGCCCUUGUUUUGUUUUUUAAAUUCCAGGUAGAUAUAGAGUGCUUUUGACUCAACACUUUAUGGACAUAUAAACUUUUCGUGUAUCGCCAUUUCCAUUUUAAUUUUCAUGGCGUGCUCCGACCAAGGUUCGUCCUGUCUAUGGGUCCGCGACCAGACGUUUCCCGCUCGCUCUGACUGUUGAAAUCAUUUCCCAAAGUAAAGGACUGUUGAAAUUAAAUGUAGGCCUAACAAGGAAAGUAUGUCGGGAGUGGUUCGCACCCUGAGCCGCUGCCUGCUGCCGGCCGACGCAGGCCGAGACGCUGGCGGCAGCAAGGAGAACCGCCGGGGCAGGGACGCCGCGCAGGAGAGGGAGGCUCGUCGGAGGAGCCGAGAGAUUGACGCCAUGCUAGCCCGAGAGAGGAGAGCCGUGAGGCGGCUGGUGAAGAUCCUGCUGCUCGGGGCCGGAGAGAGCGGAAAGUCGACUUUUCUUAAGCAGAUGCGCAUCAUUAACGGGCAGGAAUUUGACAAGAAAGCCCUUCUGGACUUCAGGGACACUAUUUAUGAAAAUAUACUGAAGGGCAUGCGCGUGCUGGUGGAUGCCCGUGACAAGCUUGGCAUCAGCUGGCAGAGCUGCGAGAAUGAGAAGCAAGGCAUGCUGGUGAUGUCGUGGGAGGGACGGGCAGGCGCCGUGGGUGUUGAGCCCAGUGAGUUCCAGCUGUACGUGAUGGCACUGAGCGCGCUGUGGUCCGAUGCCAGUAUCCAGCAGGCUUACGCAAGGCGCUCCGAGUUCCAGCUGAGUGAGUCGGUCAAAUACUUCCUGGAUAACCUGGAGCGCAUUGGUCAGCUGAGCUACAGCCCAAGCAGGCAGGACAUUCUGUUCGCCAGGAAGGCCACCAAGGGCAUUGUUGAGCACGACUUUGUCAUCAAGAAGAUCCCUUUCAAAAUGGUAGACGUGGGCGGGCAGCGUUCGCAAAGGCAGAAGUGGUUCCAGUGCUUCGAUGGAAUCACCUCUAUCCUCUUCAUGGUGUCGUCGUCCGAGUACGACCAGGUCUUAAUGGAAGAUCGGCGCACCAACCGCCUGGUGGAGAGCAUGAACAUCUUUGAGACCAUUGUCAACAACAAGCUCUUCCUCAACGUCUCUAUCAUCCUCUUCCUCAACAAGACCGACCUGCUGGUGGACAAGAUCCGGACCGCCGACAUCCGCAAGAACUUCCCUGAGUUUAGGGGGAACCCGCGCAGGCUGGAGGACGUGCAGGCGUUUCUAGUGCAGUCGUUCAGCCGUAAAAGGAGAAACCGAGGCAAGCCGCUGUUCCACCACUUCACCACUGCUGUGGACACAGAAAACAUCCGCUUUGUCUUUCACGCAGUCAAGGACACCAUCCUGCAGGAGAACCUCAAGGACAUCAUGCUGCAGUAACAAUUUAAACACUCUUGUAUCGUUUAAAAAAAAAAAAGUCUGUGGAAGCCCAACGGGGCCUGGCUGUAUUAAUACUGACCUGUGGAGCAUUUUAGUGGACCCACUACGUGGUUCUAACACAACCUGUGGAGCAGUGACCCAACCUACAGUAUAUGAUACAUGCUAAUGUGUGUCAAUUUGCAUUGGAGUCACAUUUAGUAUUAGGAUUUGAUCAACACAAAGUGUUUGCUUUUAUAGAUGUCUAAAAGACAAAUGACAACAGUCACUAAAUCAAAUCCAGGGUUGGAGUGAGAGGGAGGGGGUCCGCGUGACCAAAGGUUUGGAGCAAUUUUGGUCAUAUGCCGUGUUAUGUGAUGAGCUUGCACAAGUCCUCCUGCCAAUGAACUUGAAAUCGGGAAGGCAAAAAUCAUAAUGAUGAUUUGACAUCCAUUUGUCUUCUCUCCUAAGUUCACAUCAACAGACAGCUGCGGGUAACUUAACAUUUACAGCAAGCCACUUGAGCUCUUACUCAAUAUCCUUGAUAUGAAGCUUAAGAUUUAUGUGCUAGUAUACAUGUUGUCUCACUAGCACAUCAAUUUAGGGCAUUAGAAGAGUGGCUUUGUCCUGCUGGUAACCAUUUUACCUAUUAGUUUGACCUUAAAAUACAGCCAUUUUUGGUACAUUAAGGUUGAUAUAUCGUCACCUUAAAAUAAUUGUCCAAGUCAUUUUUGUUAGUAAAUAUCAACAUUUCAAGAAAUGAUGCCGUUUUUUUUGGGGUUUGUUUUUUUUUGGUGGGGCAUAGGCGAUUGUUUUAAAUUGACUUGUUUCCUAUAAUCUAUUACCGCUAAAUGAUAUCCUAACUCAUUCAUUGCCAUUGAUGCUGAUGGACAUCCAACCCAUUUGAGGGGGGAGGGCCAACUGCUCCUAGUAGGCAUGUGCGGGUAUGAGAUUCUGACGGUGUGAUAACCUUAAGCAAAAAUAUCACGGUUUCACGGUAUCACGGUAUUGGAAUUACAGCUCUAAAAUGUGUUACCGUAUUUUUCGGACUAUAAGUCGAAGUUUUUUUCAUAGUUUGGCUGGGGGUGCGACUUACACUCCGGAGCGACUUAUGUGUGAGAUUAUUGACACAUUAUUAUAUCAUUCCACAUGUUGUUUUGGUGUUUUGGAGUGACACUGGUGGUUUGGUAAACUUGUUAGCAUGUUCUUUAUGGUAUAGUUAUCUGAAUAAGUCUUAAUAGCUAUGUUACGUUAACAUACCGGCCACGUUCGCAUUUCGUUGUUCAUGCAUCAUGUAACAUUAUCAUACUGUGCACUUAUUCAGCAUGCUGUUCUCUAUUGUAUUUUCAUUUUAAAUUGCCUUUCAAGAUGACAUAUCUGUUCUAUGUGUUGGAUUUUAUCAAGUACAUUUCACCCGAAAAUGCGACUUAUACUCCAGUGCGACUUAUAUAUGAUUUUUUUCCUCUUCGUUGGGCCUUUUAUGGCUGGUGCGACUUAUACUCAUGUGCGACUUAUAGUCCGAAAAAUACGGUACUUUGAGAUAUUGGGGUUAAAAAAAAUACUUUUUUCCAUAGAGCAGGAUUUUAAUUUUUCAAACAUAUUAGGAAAUUGGAACAUAAGUAUAAUGAUAAGUUAAGAUAAUGAAAUAUUCUGAAUAAAAUUAAAAUAAAUGCAGUCCUUUAGGUGAGCAUAAACCCACAGCCACAGCUCAACAUUAUUACCAUUCGAACAAAAAUAAAUGAAUUAUUUUUCCAUAAAAAGCACAUGUAUGACUCGUAUCAUGUUUACAUUAUACACACACACUCUUUCUCAACACAGACAGUUGCCAGAGACAAAAAAGCCAACGCUAGACACACUAAAUUCGCUGGAGGAAACGUUCAUUAUCGUGUUUACUAACCUUUAAUUUUGAAAGAAUGCAAAAUCAUAUUGGAGGAAUUGCCUCCUCAGCAGACACCCUCCACAGACAUAUUUUAAAUGUCUGUUGGCCCUCCUCCUCUAAGUCGCAGCCGUCUGUUACUUUUCUGUAGCCGAAGUUUUCCCAUACCAGCGAUUUCGUUUUUUUCGAUGGGGUAAAAAGUUUAGGAGUUUCACCUCCUCCAGCCAUCGUGGAGUACAGCUGACUCACUGUCACUUUGCAACAACUGGUGGUGGAGGGUGUAGCCUUGCUUCUGCAAGCGAGACAUUUCUGCCUGCAUUUCGGGACAUAAAAAAUAGCUAAUACCGUAAGGACGGUAUGACAGAAUUGUUUGCGGUCUUGAAACCGUGACGUUUUAAUACCACGGUAAACCUUGAAAACUGUUACCGGCACAUGUCUUGCUCCUUGUUAAAUUGAAUUGGGUGAAUUGGGAAUUGCCCUCAUUGGCAUAGAAACAUGAUCAUUCACUGCCAGCAAUCCCAGUUAAAAUGGAUUGGAUUUAAUGGCAAUGAAUGAGUUAAAUCUUUUAAAAUACUCCUUAGGUCUGAAGUGUAACAUUUAUCCUAGUAAUAGGGUCCGAAAGUGCACAUGGCUGACGCGCUUGAAUAUUAAAAGCGUUUAAUAUUUUGAACAAAGUGACAGAAAUUAAAACGACCUGGUAACCAAUGUUGUUUUUGUAGAGAACAAGAUUUCAAUAUUUUUGGGGGGGAAAAAAAUACUAGUGAGGACAAAGAGCAUACUAGACUUUGGAUAGAAACUAGGGAUAUCACAUAAACAACAUUUCUACUAAGUGGUACAAUUUGGUUCCAUUCACUAUGUUAAGGUCUACUAGUCUAAUCAUCAGUUACCAGUUGGCCUAUCGACAAACAAUAAGGCAGCUGCAGUAGUUUUACUUGUAAAAUUACUCCAGUUGACCUCGAAACGCGCUUACCAAAUUUAACUGUGCUGCUUGGCAAAAACGAACACAAAUUAAAAAUUGGGAAAAAAUGUGUUUAGACACUUCAUUUUAAAAAAAAAAAAAAUCAAUUUUGUGGCAGGGCAUGCAAACAAUAUUUUGGAGAGGAAUGUGAUUGGAGAUUUACUAAUGAUUACCAUGCACUUGUUGCUUCUACCAGCUUGAAAACAUUUUAAAAUUCAGCAUCCUUUUACAAUGUGUAGUUCAGAACAUUUUAUUGUGUGUAAGUCCCAAUAACUCCUCUUUUUGUUUACCUGUCAAGUAUUAGCUUCUUUUCAGCCGUUAUAAAAAAAUUUUGGGUGGGAGCCAACAAAAAUUGUUGAAAACAUUACUGUACAUAUUAAGUUGUGUUUUUAAUCUGUCUGCAUUUUCCAAACUGCAAGAAAAGGCGCAAAAACAAUGUACCACUGUGAUUAUUGGUUGUUAUUUUUAUGUGUGUGGUAUGCUGGCCAUCUGGAGUACACCGCACACUCAAAUAGUACAAAGAACACAACUAUUGAUUUUUUCACCUCAUUAUAUGUAGUGUCCGUUAAAAAAUCUAAAUAUAUGUACCCCAUUUUAGUGGAGAUGUUAAUUAGUCCUUAUUCAACCCAACUGAAUAUUAAAGUGGCACUAAAGUUUUAUUUUUGUUAUUACAUUAUUCUUUUUUUAUAACGUUGAAUGCCCCGUUUACCAAUUUAGGUUGAAAACGCCCAGAAUGUCAUUUUUCAAGCUACUUUAGUUGGUCCUUUAUAGGCAUGUGCUGGUAUGAGAUUCUGACUGUAUGAUAACCUAAAGCCAAAAUAUCACGGUUUCACGGUAUUGCAAUUACAGCUCUAAAAUGUUUUACCUUGAGAUAUCUGGAUUUAGAAAGAAAAAAAAAACUUUUUUUUCCAUUGAACGGGCUUUUUAUUUUUCAAAACCUAUUAGCAAAUUGUAACAUAACUGUAAUGUUAAGUUAAAAUACAUUUUAAAAAAAACAACAACAAAAAACUAAAUAUUCAAAAUUAAAAUAAAUGCAGUCCUUUAGGUGUGCCUAAACCAACAGCCACAGCUCAACAUUAUUACCAUCAGAACAAAAAUAAUUGAAAUCUUUUCCAUCAAAAGCAAGUGUGUAAGAGUCAUAUGAUGUUUACAUGAUACACACACUCUCUUUCUCAAAACAGACAGUUGUCAGAGAGGAGAAAAAAAAAACAUGUUUUACCACUGCUAGACACACUAAACACGCUGGAGUUACGGGAACUCUUGUAGCUGGUGGGAAACGUCCAUGACAGUGUUUACUCACCUUUCAUUUUGUAGAAAUGCAAAAUCAUAUUGGAGGUAUUGCCUCCUCGGCAGCCACCCUGCGCAAACAUAUUUUACAUGUCGGUCGGCCCUCCUCCUCUAACCCGCGGCCGUCUGGAACUUUCCUGUAGCUGAAAUAUUCCCAUAGCAGCGAUUUCGUUUUCUUUGAUUGGGGGGGGGGGGGGUAAAGAGUUUCACCUCCUCCAGCCAUCGUGUAGCAAAGCUGUCUCACCAACACUGAGCAAAAACAAAUGGGGGAGGGUUGAGCCUUGCAGCUACAAGCAAGGGAUUUCUCCCUGCAUAUUUGGGACAUAAAAAAUAGCUAAUACCAUAAGGAUACUGUGACGGAAAAUUUUUGCGAUUUUGAAGCCUUGACGGUUUCACACCACGGUAUACCUUGCAACCGGUAAUCGGCACAUGUCUAGUCCUUUAAUGGCUUUUCUACAGAUGAGCAGUUUCACAUUAAUAUGCAGCUGGCUGGAUCUAAUUUGAAUGCAGUGGUGUCUCUACAUACAGAGUUAAUUCAUUCCAGGACCUUGUUUGUAAGUCGAAAUGGUCGUAUGUCGAGCAGGAUUUUCCCAUAAGAAUACAUUAUAAUUCCAUCAAUUCGUUCCACAGCUCAAAAACCAACACUAAAUCCUUAAUCGAUACUGCUGGUUCUAUUACAAAUGGCAAUUACACAUAGAAAAAGAAGUAAAUUAUGAAUAAAAUUGGAAUAAUAAUAUAAUAAUAAUAAUGUAACGAAUCAGGUUCUAAUGUGGCUGGGAUUUUUUUGCUGACGUGACAGAGAGAGGGAGCAGUGCGGUUGAGAGUUUACUUUGAAUUUUAAUGUUUUGUUGAGAACACCGUCAACUGCGGUGGACAUUAGGUGUUUUGUGUUGGACAAGUUCUGAAAUAAAUGAUAAAAACCUGAUAAAGCUGGCGAUUUCUUUGGCGAUGUUACCACAAUAAUAGUCACCUCAACUUAUAAAGACUGGCGAACGGUGGUCGGAGGAGGACUGUGGAGAUCGUAUAUAUUCUGCGACUGUAUUGUUGAGCCAGUUCAUGGAUGCGCGCCCCACGCUCAUAUUUUUCCAUCAUUUGCAUUUUCAUUUCAAUGGUAAGCGUCACCUUUUUACUUGUUUCACCACCUGUACUAACCUUUUUGAAACCUGUGUUGAUGUCUCUCAUAAGAAAAUCUGCCGUGGGUCCGUCUGCAGUGCUGUCAUGCCAUCGUAUUUCGAGCAUGUCAUCUGAUGUCGAAACAAAUGGCUAGUCAAAUUUUACGUCGGAUGUCGAAAAGGUCGUGUGUCGAAGUGAUCGUAUGUCGAGGUACCACUGUAUUUAAUAUUUAAAUUUCAGCACUUUGCUCUGAUUGACUGUCAAUUAAGUGGGUGUGUGGGUGACUUUGACACAUUGCAGAGAGGCAGCUUUAAAUUGUUCUUCAACUAACCAAGCUUCGCUAUUUCACAAUUACACAAAAAUAAAACAUUCACUUAACACUCCCGCUUCAGUGGGGUUCUGGGCACGCUAUAUGCAGAGAGACGUAUUUCAGUCAGGAGGCAAGAUUUCACUUGGAUUUCCUAGGUCCAGAAUGCUGAGAUAAUCCUUAUUUUUAAGAAAACGUUCACUCAGUUCACGCCAACGCACCUACACGGUGCGUCGAGGUUGGAGGUCAUAUCCAGAGGCGACGCGCAGGAGAUCAAUAACCAGGCAAGAAAGCCAAUUUUUGCCAGCGCGCAAGCUGAGAAAAGUGCCUAUUGGCCGAAGUGGAGUUGAGGUUGGAGGCUGCGGGAAAAAAAAGUGACAAAGACAGGAACUGGCCAUUUUACAAAGGUAUUGUACCAAACCACAGCACACAUGUAUAGAUUUAAAUGAUGCAUUAUGUAUUUAAUGUAUGCUUGAUCCGGCUCAGUUUAAACCAGGAAUAGGCGACAAGCUUGCUGCUUUUAUAGGGCAUGGAGGUAGAACAAAGAGGCCAGGUACUUGAAUGAUAAGGCGCGGUGUAAUGUCACACCAUAACCGAAUUCAAAACAUACUGUUUGCAGAACAAUUUCAAUCGCGAUUCGAUUCGAUGAAAAUAUCUUUACAGAUAUAUAUACUUCAACCAGGCAUCUUAUGCAUAAAAAUACAGUGGUACCUCGACACACGAUCACUUCGACACGCGAUCUUUUCGACAUUCGACGUAAAAUUUGACUCGCCAUAUAUUUCUACAUCCGAUGACAUGCUCAAAAUACGAUGAUUUAUGACAGCCGUAGUUUCUUUGUUUUCCCACAAGACGGAUCCACGGCGGAUUUCUUGUGAGAGAAAUCAACAUGGGUUCCAACAAUGUUAGGGAUAAAAUGUGGCUUACCGUUGAAAUGAAGAUGGAAAUGAUAGAAAAAUAUGAGCUUGGUGGGCGCUUCCGUGAACUGGCUUGACAAUACACCCAUAGAAUGUGUACAAUCUCGACAGUUCUCCUCCGAUCUCCGUUCGCCAGUCUUUAUAAGUUAACAAUUAUUAUUAUUGUAACAUCGCCAAAAAAUUGCCAGCUCCGUCAGGUUUUUAAUCAUUUAUUUCAGAACUUGUGCAACACAACAUGCUUACUGUCCGCCGCAGCUGAACAAAGUGAAAGUAAAGCCCCUGUCUCACUCUGUCGAGUCAGCCACGCGGUACGUUCAGGCACACCAAGCAAAGCACUUCCGCCAGAUUACAACCCGAUUCGUUACAUUACUAUUGGUAUUGUAAUUAUUAUUAUUAAGGGAGUGCCAAAAAAUCGAUUAUUAGAGGCAUCGCGAUUCGACACGUGACGAUUCGAUUACGAUUUAUAAAUGUUGAAAAACGAUGAUUUUCCCUAAUAACUUUAUGACAGCUGCUAGUAGCGAAACGAAAUUCAAGACACGUUUUCAGCCCGGACACAUUUAACGGACGCACGCACAACGUUAUGAUGGAUGCUGCCGGUUACUGAGCGAGAGAUUUACUCCUUUUCAAAAGACUGGAAAAUAAAUUUGUGUAUGAGACCUGGUGGUCGCGCUUCUAUGCGCAAGUUAUUUUUUUUUGAGCGAGAAGGAAAGAGAGAUAGUUCGUUGCUCCUUGUCUUUCAGUUGUCCAGCAGUAGGUUCAAGUCGUGUUAAUUGGAAAAAGUCCCGAGUGUUUUGCUAAGUCCCGUGUUCGUCUAUCAAAGGUGAGUACACAAACCCUCUUGUACUGUUUAGCCUUUAUUGUUGUUGUUUUUGAGAUGUUACUAGUUUGCGCCGAGCGCUAUGUUCAUUAGCGACUUCGCUAACAUGUAUUUCCGUGCCAAGUUGUGCGUUGUUUGGUGGUGUACAUAAGUUACUCCAGAUGCAGAAGAUGUAAAACCAUGAUUAAGUACAGCGGUAACACUACAAACAUGCGUAACAGUACAGAAAUCUGUGAAAACAAAUUAUACUGGUUAAAAGAAGUCUUUUUCUAAAGACACUUUGUUUGUUUCCAGAAAAUGUGGAAUUAUUUCCACCAGUGUAAAUUUUAUUGUACUGUUGAGAGAAAUAAGUACUGGCUUUGAAACAGCUAAUGUUUUUGCACCUUCUUGUGAAAAAGAAUAUCGCAAGGUCAGCUGUGUGUUGUAUGGGCAUGUUGAGAAAUAAGUACUGCUUUUAAAAUGGUUCAUGUUUUUGCACUUUCUUGUUAAAAAAAAAAAAGCAGUUCACGAGCAGCUUUUUGUUGAAUCAUUAGGAUAUUUUACACAAAUAAUGGACAUACAUUUGUUUGGCUACUUUUUAAAUUAGUAAUGUACGAUGCAUCGAUAAUUGCGAUAACUGUGAUCAUCGCCAGUACCGUAUCAUCGUUCAAUAAUCGAAUCGUAGCACCCUGAAUCGUAAUCGAAUCAAAUCGUGGGGUGCCUAAGAUAGCACACCCCUAAUUAUUUUUACUAUUAUUAUAUUAUUAUUCCGAUUUUUAUUCAUAAUUUAUUUGUUUUGUUCUGUGAAAUCGCUUUUUGCAAUUGUACCAGCAGUAUUUAUUAAGGAUUUAGUGUAGGUUUUCGGGCUGUGGAACGAAUUAAUGGAUUUAUAAUAUAUUCUAAUGGGAAAAUCCUGCUCGACAAACGACAAUUUCGACUUACGAAAAAGGUCCUGGAACAAACUAACUUCUUAUGUAGAGGUACCACUGUAUUUGAAAACGACUUUAGUGCCGCUAACAAAAUAAUGUCACAAGGAUAGUAGGAGUGCAAGUCAGUCGUUUUCCCAAUGCCAAUGAAUAUAAUGUAUCAUAAUAUGACGUUAUUAUUUGACUUGAUGCUACAUAAGCAGGAUAGUAUUUCAUGCUUUUUGUAAGGGCUCUGAUAAAAAGGUUCCCCACACUCUGCUUCAAAGGGUAAACGAGCACCUCCUCAUGUUGUUAUUAAUAACAUAUAAUACCGUUUUACAACUGUAAUUUAUGAUCGCUUUGAAUUGAACUGAUGACCUUUUGUUCCUGCUCAUAUUUCCUGUAUAUAGACGUGGCGUGUUAAAGCGUCGUGUGUAUGUGUGCUUCUGUGGAAAAACGUAUUACCCUGUAACAGCAGCACUGUACAACUAACCCACUUGAAACACCUUUUUUGAGGGAAAAAAAAAAUGUAAAUAAAAGUUGUCAUGGCACUGGAUGCGUGCUGAGAGACAACAGUGACUGACAAAAUCUGGAGUGCGGCAAAGAAGAAGACAAGAUGGAGGCUUGCAAAAGUCUUCGUCUCUCCCUUGUUUGACCUUCUACUUUUGUUUUUUCGUUUUUCUUUCUUGGUGCCUAAUUGGCUCUAUGUUUUGUGGUGAAAUACACUGCUGUUUGCUUAAACGCUGUUUCCAUCUGUGUUUGUUUCUGUUUGCAUGUGGUUAAGCAAGAGGUCACCACCCUCAUGAUUGUGACUUGAGCAUCGAAGAAUGAUAGCACAGUUCUGAGUCGAAACGGUGCCUUUAAAACUUGGCAGAGUUUGACUAAAAAGCACACUCAAAUCUUUUGUUUACUUGGCAGAUAAGUGACCUUCCACUAAGGAUCAUUAAUCCAUCUUUGGCUCAGUCAGCACCAAAUUGUACACUGUUCUAAGAUACCCAAUUCUUGCAUUUAAUUUUUUUCUAAAAGACUCAAGCUUUGUUCACUGACAAGAUAAUAAAAUGUGUAAAUUAUGAAAUAUAAUGUAUGUAAAUAGAAAUGUAAAUAGCCUAUUCAAUAUUUAGCACAUUAUUUACUAUACUAUCAACAACAACAAAAACAAGAAAACAUGAAAUGGAUCUGUAGUGAAAUAUUUUUAUGCAUUAUUUACUGGAGAAAAAAAAAAUAAAAUACAAUAAAUUAAAAUAUUUUCAUGCUGCAUUCACUGAAAAAAAUGUUUUGGGGGAUUUUUUUUAACAUAUAUUUUGCAGCCAUAUGUUUUUUUGUUUUUGUUUGUUUUUUGUUUGUUUUUUUGCGCAAACUAAUCCUAUUGUUUUUUUAACUGCACUUAUUAUUUUUGUGCUGUUGUUAAUUUAAAUCUAGUAAAAAUCUACCAUAAUUUUCAGACUAUAAGGCGCACCUGACUAUAAACCACCACCCACCAGAUUUGAAACGAAAAAGGCAUUUGUUCUUAGAUAAGCCGCACUGGACUAUGAACUGCAGCAUAUGGGAUAUUUACACCAAAAGAUAUUAACCGGUAACAUUUUGUUUGACAGCAGUGUUAUAAGGCUGUCAUAAUUAUGACACUGUCACAUGACACUGUAAUGAGCAUUAAUGAAUGCUCAUGACAGAUGUCAUUUAGUGUCAUCCGGAAAAUCAUCUCAUUUUUCUAUGGCUGUAUAAGAUCCGAGCUGGACAUAAAUCAACUAAGUGACAAAUUUGACGGAUGAUUCUUAGGCUAGGUUCAUACUGCAGGUCUUAAUACACAAUUCCAAUUUUUAGUCAUAUCUGUUUAUUUGGCGUGCCCGUUCAGACUGCCUCUGUCCAUUGAGCAUGUUCAAGUGCACACUGACUCGCAGUCCGACAUACGCUGAGCAAACUGACCCGCAUGCGCAGAAGCAUCAAAACAUCAAAAGAAAUUACUACACAUACUAGCUCUGCAUCAUUUUAGGGUGAUCAUAUUUUCAUUUCCAAAAAGAGGACACAGAUAACAAACAUGAAUAUUCCCUGUUUAGUCUUAUAUUCAGUUUAUACUGAUUGAUAAAAUGCAUGCAUCGGAUGUGUGUGCGUUGUCCAUGCACGCACCCACAUAAGAACAGUUUGCCCCAACUCUAGGCCAUGUAAGCAAUAUUGAAAUACAGUACUGGUCAUAUAGCACACCGAAAGAAAACCGAGCAUUCUCAGGCCUGCCCCCCACCCUUUUAUUUAUUUAUUUAUUUAUUUUUUUUUUUAUGAAUGUUGUUGUCUCUUCCCAAAAAUCCGAAUUCAGGCUAGGCGCCAACGCUAAUGUACAGCUCCAUCGUUGCCGUCCUCCGUGCCUCUCGCUCUUUGCUGACGUUAAUUGCUGCAUAAAUUCAGAUUUAGGAGAUUUGACAGUUCAGACCGCAGCCACAAUCUGGAAUAAUGUGGCCCAGAUCGGAUUUGAAAUGGUCCACCUCUAUGCGACUUGUCAUGUUCAGACCGUCAAGUUCAUGCCUCACUUGAGUCGGAAAAACACGAAAAAAUCGUAUUUGUGCAUUAAGAGCUGCGGUAUAAACCUAGCCUUAGUAACAUUUGCCAUAAGCAUUCAUUAAUGCCCAUGACAGUGUCAUGUCAUAAUUAUGAGUCUUAUGACGCAACUGUCAAAGUCUCACAUAUGAACCCAAAUAAAU